AUGCAAUUUAAUAAACAAAAAUAAGAGUAUUAAGAUAAAAUCAAUUCUUUUCGUAAUCAUCCUGCUUUUAACAAAUUACACUUUGACAUACUCAAAGUCAUUAUUGAUUCUGUUAAUGUUAUAUACUUUAUCAAAAAUUAGAGAGUUUAUAUUGAAAAUGAGUUAAUGACAAAUGUAUUUAUUGUAAAAUCAGGAGAAUUUAAAGUAACCAAAUAAAUUAAUAUAUAGAGAUGAGUAAAAGGAUGUUGUAUUAAAAUCCAGUUUUUUCUUAUCUAAAGAAAUGGAAUUAAUUUGAGAUUUGUUUGCUCGAAAAAGGGGAAACCUUUGGAAUUGAACAUCUUGAUGUAGAACCAAAAGGAUAUUACAAGUAUUCUGUUGCUUGUCAUUCAUAUGAGGGAUCAUUGUAUUCUCUAAAAUUAGAUUAAAUUUCUUAGAUUUUAAAAGAUCAUCGUAUAAAGGUAUCAGCAGAAAAUCUCUUUUAUUACUAAUAAUAAUUAAGUAAGAAUAGACUAUAUAUCUAUCGAGAAUAAUAAAUUAAUUAAUUACAUUAAAAUGUUACUCAAACCUCAAAACAUAGAGAAGUCAGAUCAUUUUCUUAUGCUAACAAUGAAAAUGUUAAUAACAAUUAUAGGUUCUAAAAUCGUUCUAUCAGUUAUGAUGAAUCAUAUUGUGAUAAAAUACAAUAGUUAAUUAAUUACUAAAAACAAAUAAUAAAUAAUCCAAGAAGGAUUAUUAAGACAGAAGUAUUAGAGGAUGAUUCGUAUAUAAAUUAAUCAGUAAACAAUCACAUAAGAGCACUCAAACCAUAUAUCAAUAACUUUUAAUCAGGAAAAAAUCUAACUAAACGAACACAUGUAGGUUCUUAAGAUCGAAUAGCAGAAUUAAAUCAAAAUGAAAAGAUUUUUAAAUUGAAAGUUCUCUUUAAAUUAGGAUAUAGACCAAAAAAAAAAUUAUAAAUAAGAAUGCAUUAAAUUCAUAGCUAACAUUUAUCCAAAAUAUUCCCGUUCCAUCCUAAAUGA